CUGCAGGUCUUCAGGUCUGUGGUUGUGGACACUAACCCAGACAAGAAAAGGAAAGACCUGCAGUAUCAGUGCAGGAAAGGCAAAGAAGGGAACAUCUCGACAUGGAAAAGCUCUACAAAGAAAAUGAAGGAAAGCCAGAGAAUGAAAGAAACCUAGAAAGUGAGGGAAAGCCAGAAGAUGAAGGAAGUACAGAAGAUGAAGCAAAGUCAGACGAGGAAGAAAAGCCGGACAUGAAGGGGAAGACAGAAUGCGAGGGAAAGCGAGAGGAUGAGGGAGAGCCAGGUGAUGAGGGACAACCAGAAGAUGAGGGAAGCCAGGAAAAGCAGGGCAAGUCCGAAGGUGAGGGCAAGCCACAAAGUGAGGGUAAGUCAGCCUCCCAGGCAAAGCCAGAGAGCCAGCCGCGGGCCGCCGAAAAGCGCCCGGCUGAAGAUUAUGUGCCCCGGAAAGCAAAAAGAAAAACAGAUAGGGGGACGGACGAUUCCCCCAGGGACUCUCAGGAGGACUUACAAGAAAGGCAUCUGAGCAGUGAGGAGAUGAUGAGAGAAUGUGGAGAUGUGUCAAGGGCUCAGGAGGAGCUAAGGAAAAAGCAGAAAAUGGGUGGUUUUCAUUGGAUGCAAAGAGAUGUACAGGAUCCAUUCGCCCCAAGGGGCCAACGGGGUGUAAGGGGAGUGAGAGGUGGAGGUAGGGGCCAGAAAGAUUUAGAAGAUGUCCCAUAUGUUUAAUGUCUUUGGCCUUUAAUUCUGAUUUCUCUGAUGGGAAUAUUGCCAGUCCUGCUUUUCCUGGCAGGCAUUUGCCGGGCUAUGUGCUUUAACCUUAAGCUGAUACUUUCCUUUAGGUGUCACUCUUGUUACCAGCAGACUUUUGACCUACCUACAGUGCUCUGUCUUUUAGUAGAGGAUUUUCACCCAUGUGCAUGGAAUAAAUGUUCAUGGUACAUUGUAAAAUAACAAUAAAAAAGAGUUUUCAGAACCAUG